GCGUCAACCUCGCAACCACACUGAUGUGUUACGAGGUUUGUGAUGAACUGACCGUGCCACGGUGACUAGCCAAUGUAGCCAUCCCGACCAAGUGCGGGCGCUAGUUGGAUCGGCAGCACUUGCUUUUUUCUUCAUCUCAAAUUUCCCCUGCUUUUUACCUCGAUCCAGAGACUCGAAACGUUUGAAUCCUAAUUAAACCCAUCUCGACCCGAUUCAGUUCCUUCCACUUAAAGCGUCGCCGCCACCCCCGCCCCCGCCCCCGCCGCCUCCGCCCCCACCGAUCCGGUACCCGAUAAGCAUGGUGAAGCUGAGGCCCUACGUUGAGAUCUCGGAUUACCGCUAUCGCCUCAUCGAUUACGUGGGCGACGGCUUCGUGCUCGGCGCAUCGUUUGGCUCCGCCUUCCACUUCAUCAGGGGCCUCCGCAAUUCGCCUGACGGUGGACGCCUCGCCGGCGGCGUCCGUGCCGUCCGCACGAACGUCCCUCGCGUCGCCGGGAGGGGCGGCGCCUGCUUAGCCUUAUUCUGGGCCGUCGAGAGCGCCACGUGCCUCGCGCGACGGAGAGACGACCUCUGGAACUCCAUCGCCGCCGGCGCCGCGACCGGUGGCUUAUUCAAUGUGCACCGGGGCGCCCCCGCCGCCACGCUCUUCGCGCUCCUCGGCGCCGCAUCGUUCGUCGGACUUGCGGGCGCCUUGUGGAGCGUUGAUUUGUGGAACAGCCGCCUCUUCGAUCACUUCGCCGAAGUCGAGUUGAAUCGCGGCUCGCCAGCGGAUCCAAUCGUUGGAUCCAUUGAGUACAGGUCAAAAGAUCACGGGACAACAGAUCUUUUCGCUAUGGAGCUGAACUCUGAAAUGGCUGCUAAGGAUGAUGCAUGAAGUAGUUGUCAGUUAACACCAAAGCCUCUUCAAUGCCUUCUAGUACUUGAUCUGGUUCCUGCAGUUCAGUAAAAUCCCAUAAUAUAUAUGUAUAUCAUGUUAAUUAUUGUAUGGCAUGAUAUUAUGCAUGAGAGCAAAGACUUGUGUUUCUAUUUGGAUCCAUUUUGUUACA